CUCAGUAAUCGUGCAGCCAUCAACGAGGGCAGUCAUCGGCUGGAACACUGCCAUAGCCCCGAUAGCUCGCCGUCCACCGCAACUGUGAUCAGCAAAACUCUUCCAGCCAUCGCCCACCCCUUCUGCCGAUUCAUCUGCCAUGUCGAGCACUCUCGGUCAGGGCCUGCGGGUCCUCAAUGCCUAUUUCAAGCGAUCUUGGAACUAUGUCAAGGACGAAUCAGUUGCUGCGAUAAAGUUUGACAUGAGCUGGAAGAAGGAAAUGCCUCUGUUUGGCUGCAACUCGGUCGAGGAACUGGAGCAGUUUACCGUUGGCUCGGACGCAGAUAUCGGAGGCCUGUCAGAAGCAUAUUGGGGCUUGACCCAGGACAACACAGGACUCUUCUGGGGAAAUCUCUCCACAGAGGUCCCUCCUGGGCUUCGAAUCGAGCGCAGCGGCUACGCCGGAAUCCGAUCCAAGGAACGACCGCUGACGCUGUUCUCUCGGCCUCGGUUUGACACGACGCUGUUUCGAUAUCUUGCCAUCCGGGCCAAAGGCGACACUCGCCAAUGGUUCGUCAACAUCCAGACCGACAGCCUAUAUCCGUCAUAUCUGUAUCAGCACCGGCUGUACUUCCAACGGCCUGGAGAAUGGGAGGUUCUGAUGAUCCCUUUUCGAGACUUUGUUCUCACAAGUCAUGGCUUUGUUCAGAAGAGGCAGUUCCCGAUGGAGCGGGACAAGAUCAAAACUGUCGGCUUCUCGCUAGUGCGACAGCCCGGCGACUUUGCGCUCGAGGUCGACUGGAUCAAGGCCAUGAAUACCGAAAAGACCUUUGGCGACCACGAUCUGCUAGGACCGGGCGAGUACUUGGACGAAAACGGGAUCGUGCGACUCCUGCCGCCGGGCGAAACUAUGGAAUCCCGGUUCGGCGACCGCAUUCGGUUCUUUGAUGAUAAAAAGUAA